AUGGCAUCACCAGCGUCGUCAUAUAUUCGCACUCUCUUGUCCUCCUCUCGCCCUCGCGUUCCUCAAUCCCUCCUACGAACAUCCCAGCCUACUUAUCGAAUAUCUUCAGUCGCCAAGAUGUCUACUGUCCCUAAGCUCAAAGACCCCUCGCUCCUCAUCUCUCAGGCCUAUGUCAAUGGAAAAUUCGUCGACUCCAGUACUUCGCAAACCUUCGAUGUCCACGACCCUGGCUCCGGGAAGAAGAUCGCAGCAUGCGCCGAACUGAACAGGGACGAUGUCGACAAGGCGAUCACGGCAGCGGCCGAGGCAUUCAAGACCUUCCGCAAGACGUUACCCCGCGAGAGAGCCACAAUGCUACGUAAAUGGUACAACCUGAUGCAGGACAACGCUGAAGACUUGGCUACGCUCAUCACCUGGGAAAAUGGCAAGCCUCUCGCCGACGCCAAAGGCGAGGUCGCGUAUGCGGCCAACUUCUUCCAGUGGUUCAGCGAGGAAGCACCCCGGAUUUACGGCGAUACUAUUGCAGCCUCGGUGCCAGGAAACAGAGUGCUGACCAUCAAGCAGCCGGUCGGUGUAUGCGGCCUGAUCACCCCGUGGAACUUCCCUGCGGCUAUGAUCACCCGUAAGAUCGGCCCUGCUCUGGCUGCAGGUUGCACAGUCGUGGCUAAGUCACCCGGCGAGACUCCCUUCACUGCCAACGCGCUCGCGGAACUCUCUCGACGGGCGGGAAUUCCUCCUGGUGUCGUCAACAUUGUGACUGCCAUGAAGAACACCGCCGAGAUUGGUGAGCUGCUCACGACAGACUCGAGAAUCAAGAAGGUUUCCUUCACCGGGUCUACGGGCGUUGGCAAAUUGCUCAUGAAGCAAGCUUCCGGAACCGUCAAGAAGCUCUCGUUCGAACUGGGUGGUAACUCUCCGUUCAUCGUGUUCGAUGACUGCCCUGAUCUCGACGCGGCUGUCGCGGGUGCCAUUGCUUGCAAAUUCCGUAGCUCAGGCCAGACGUGCGUAUGCGCCAACAGAAUUUACGUUCAAAAGGGCAUCUACGACGAGUUCGCCAAGAAGUUCGCGGCCAAGGUCAAAGACUUCAAGGUCGGCUACGGUUUCGACGACGGCGUGACCCACGGUCCUGUCAUUCACGACCGCGCCGUGAGCAAGGUCGAGCAGCACGUUCAAGACGCACAGAGCAAGGGUGCCAAGGUUCUGAUCGGUGGCCAGAAACUACCAGACCUCGGGUCCAACUUCUACGCCCCCACAGUCCUGACGGGCGUGACGACCGAUAUGAAGAUCACCCACGAAGAGACGUUCGGUCCCGUGGCUGGUCUCAUCUCCUUUGAGACGGAGAAGGAAGUCAUCGAGUCCGCAAACACGUCCGAGGUAGGACUGGCAGGCUACUUUUACUCCAAGGACAUUGGACGGGUGUACAGAGUCGCCGAGCACUUGGAAGUCGGCAUGGUUGGCGUCAACACCGGCUUGAUUUCCGAUCCGGCCAGUCCGUUCGGCGGCGUCAAGGAAAGUGGCUUUGGACGUGAAGGGUCCAAGUACGGAAUUGAUGAAUAUCUGACCAUCAAGACCGUCACGGUCGGUAAUAUCUCGAACGAUCUGCAAGGUUGA